GGGCAGAGUGCCGGGAAAUACAGCAGCGAAACAGCACCGGCAUCUGUCAGUGUGAUGGAACAAUGUUAGACCUUUGCUGAGCGUCUCAUCCAACCUCUUGCUUGUGUCUUCUCCAUUGCAGGUGACACUGGAACCUGCCUUCUUUGGGGUUUUGGAAAUGGCUUUUUAAUACAAAGUGCAGAUUUGGGCUUCUCUUUUCGUCAAAAGGGCACAUUCUCAGCUUUGAUUCCAGGGACGCCGUGUCUCAUCUGUGGCCAUGAAGUUCAACCUGUUCAGGAGGACACAGCCUGUGGCCCCCGCGGAGCCCACCGGCGCCACCACCGUCACCAUGGCCCCCACCUCGGCCGCCAUCUCCACCGCCGCAGAAAUCUCCGGUUCCAACAACAACACGGAGAUCAGCAAGAACGACAUGUUUGAGGAGAUCAAGAGCAAGUUCUUGAAUGAAAUUGACAAAAUUCCAUUGCCCCCGUGGGCUCUGAUCGCCAUCGCCGUGGUGGCCGCUUUGCUGGUCCUCACCUGCUGCUUCUGCAUCAUCAAGAAAUGCUGCUGCAAGAAGAAAAAGAACAAGAAGGGCAAGAAGGGCAAGGACGGCUUCAACAUGAAGAACAUGCAGGGCGGUGAGAAACCGCAGGAUGAUGACGAUGACGAAGGAGAGACCGGGCUCACAGAAGAGGAGAAGGAGGAAGAGGAGAAAGAGCAAGAGAAGCUGGGGAAGCUGCAAUAUUCCAUUGACUAUGACUUUGAGAAUACGAAGCUCACCAUUGGCAUCCUCCAAGCUGCAGACCUCAUGUCCAUGGAUUCGGGUGGAACUUCUGACCCGUACGUGAAAGUCCUGCUCUUUCCUGACAAGAAGAAGAAGUUUGACACCAAAGUCCACAAGAAAACACUCAACCCUGUCUUCAAUGAGACAUUUGUCUUCAAGGUACCCUAUGAGGAGCUUGGUGGCAAAACUCUAGUGAUGUCCGUUUACGACUAUGACCGCUUUUCCAAACAUGACGUCAUCGGAGAGGUGAAGCUGCCCAUGAAUACCAUCGACCUUGGGAGGCCCAUUGAGGAGUGGAGGGAUCUGGAGAGCGCCGAUCAAGAGGAGCCUGAGAAGCUCGGGGACAUCUGCAUCUCCCUCCGCUACGUCCCCACGGCUGGUAAGCUCACUGUCUGCAUCCUGGAGGCCAAAAACCUGAAGAAGAUGGACGCCUGUGGAUUGUCCGACCCCUAUGUAAAGAUCCAGUUGCUGCAGGGGGGUAAGCGUCUGAAGAAGAAGAAGACCACAGUGAAGAAGAACACCCUGAAUCCGUACUACAAUGAAUCAUUUAGCUUUGAAAUACCACUGGAACAGAUGCAGAAAAUCCUUGUUGCUGUCACGGUGUUUGACUACGACAAGAUUGGCAAGAACGACGCCAUCGGUAAGAUCUUUGUGGGCAGCAAGGCCACCGGCCUCGGCCUCAAGCACUGGUCCGACAUGCUGGCCAAUCCGCGCCGCCCCAUUGCCCAGUGGCAUGCUUUGCAGCCGGAGGAGGACAUCGAUGGUCAGCUGGCCUCAUUGGCAGCCAAGAAGUAACCGACUCAAACAUUCUUACUGAAGCUUUGCAUGACAUAUCCCAAGACCACUUUGUCAAAAAAGAGACAGAGACAAAAAAGAACAGAAUAUCUGCUCAUCCAUUUGGACAAAUAUGCUUACUGAGAGACUGGAUGAUUGACCCUUUAAGUCUUUCCUUCGAGACUGAGCUGUGGCAAAGCCUUUAGUUUACUUAAUAGAGCAUGCGUUGCCCACCUCGCCGUGGCUCACUUCACCUAAUUAUCCUCACAAUAUGUGCGAAAACAACAGCAAUAGUAGGUGGUUUGGUUAGGUCCUGCUUUUCUUGUCUUUCAAUGCCAAAUUGAGAAAAAAAAUGACAUCAGACGUCACAAUUGUUUUUAGGUUUGUCUGGCAAUGCAUUUAGCUUAAUAAAGGGUUCUGUGAGAUUGAGAACUUUUUGUUUUCAAAGCAAGACGUAGGCAGGGACGAUUAUUGUGCCAAUGACCGCAUGGAUAUAAAACCUUACUCACCUUAAAAUGGGCAUACGCUGUACGAAUCGAGCCCCAUUUUGAUGUUGUCUCCAAGUCUCAUUGGACAUCAGAAAACGAGGAGGGAUUGGCUGCUCCUGACCUGGUCGUACAACGAUGGAUUCAUUUCUGUAUCCAAAACUUGGCCGCGAUCAUCUCGCACAAUUGAACAAAGUCUGACCCAACAUACGCAAAUUUUGUGAUGAAGGUACAUUCUUUGGAGGCAGCAUUUGAAGGCCAGUAACAUAAUGACACGGGAAAGUUGUCCCAACUUCUGCAAAUGUAGCCUUCACACCACUCUUCAACCCUGACAAAUCGAUCAAUAUGGAGGCAUAAAGCUGAUGAUGACACUAUAUCUGAUCCGCUCCUAGCUAGGUGAGGCUGCCUUAUGUAUACGCCCACCAGCUUUCCAAAAUGCAGGCUUCACUACCAUCUUAAUAGCUCUGCCAACUAUUCGUCAGUUAGCCACGGAAAAGGGUUGAAGUAUGAACGUUUUGUUUUUCUUCAGCGAAUAGAGUAACUAUUAAAAAAUGUAAAAAUGUAAGUGUAAUGUUAGCACUGAAGGUCACACAGAUAUGAUAGUGUUGCUAACGUUUGUGUCCUCCUGUCCCACUCCGUAAUGUUACGUUGUUAUGUUGGACAAGUGCAGAGUUACAGUGUAUAUGUAAAAAGUGGAUAAAGUGCACAAUAACGACACACACGGGGGAAACACAACUCAUUACCAUUAAAGCUACAGACACACAAAACAGAGGUGUUCCCAGUCGGGCUGACUAAAAACACUUUUAAACUGCCUAAAUUCCAGCAUAAAGGCUAGAUUUUGGCCAGUACACUUUUAUUACACUAUUGUGUGACCUCUGAAACGUAUAAAAAAAGCGGGUGAAAAUAGAAGAAUUUAAAACGUUACCAUACACAAUGCUUGUAAUGCUAAUAUGUAACCACCAAGCGUUGUGAGGACCAGGAAACGCAGGAAGGCUUGACAGUUGGAUUUAAAAAAGGGUUGGCGCAGGUUUCAAAAGUGCUUUCAAAGGCUCAAUUGGGACUUUAGAUUACGUUUGCAGCACACAUCAAGGUAGGUAGCCAAAGCAUCUUCGUCUACUACUUCUUGACAGUUUAGAAACACACUGGCAAGAUGCACAGGACUAAAGUGAAGCAGCAACACCUAACUGUGAGCAUUGGAACUCACGCAGUGCGAGUUGGGGUUUAAAAACAACACUUCUAAAAUGAAACAGUGUAUGCUCAGUUUAAGUGAGAAUGGACUCAGGUUCAGCAGCGGGAGGAGGUCUGAUUUCAACAUUCUCAGUAGUGAAAUUGUACGCUUUAAAAUCAAAGAAAUCCAAAAAGUUCAAACAUUUUUUAUAAGGAGGUGAACAUGAGACAUAUCCAAUGAGCCAAACAAAGAUGCUGAAUGUAGCAUGCCUUACACGCCUUGCAGCAUUUAAUCGUCAUCAUGGAAAAGCUCUCAUCAUCAAAGCCAAAGCGCGAAACAAAAACUAGAAACAUUACAUUUCAUCGUUAAGGUUCACAAAAUAGCAAUUGCCAAAAAGCGCAGCCUUUUUCUCUGUUUCACAACAGCCAUAUUGGUGCCAGAAUCAAUAUCAAUCCACCAUGCAUUGGGUUCAUUUGUUAAUAGGCUACAGCAUGUAUGUACAAGAUGAUGUAAAUAUUAGCAUGUUUUAAACAUUAUUAUUAUGUUGUGUAUCUGUGUUUGUCUUCUUGUGUCUUUUUUGGAUAAUAAAACAGCUGAAUAAAAAGUGUGCAGAGACUGUUUUUAA